AUGUUGAAGGUCCUUACAUCUUCAUGUCGAUUCCACACAGUAACAUCGACGUUACAGUCGAAUAGUCGCCAUGUGGCUGAGUCGAAUUCGCCAUUGCUCCGAGUUUUGGGCUCUCUCGGAGGCUCGAAUCAGCGGAACUCUUAUUUAUCCCGAAGAUUUUUCUGUUCGGACUCCACUGACGGGUCCGAGGCUGAGCCCGGGUCAGAGGCUAAACGGGUCGAAGUAGCAGGUGAAGAGGCCGAUUCCAAUUCUUCUUCGGCCAUUGUACCCACUGUAUUCAAACCUGAAGAUUGUCUCACGGUUUUAGCAUUGCCAUUGCCACACAGACCCUUAUUUCCAGGAUUUUAUAUGCCAAUUUAUGUGAAGGAUCCUAAAUUAUUAGCAGCAUUAGUAGAAAGUCGGAAACGACAGGCCCCUUAUGCUGGUGCUUUCCUUCUUAAAGAUGAGCCAGGAACUGACCCUACUGUGGCAUCUGGUUCAGAUGCAGAUAAAAACAUAAAUGAGCUCAAAGGUAAAGAGUUGUUAAACCGCCUUCAUGAAGUUGGCACACUGGCUCAGAUUACAAGUAUACAAGGAGAUCAGGUCAUUCUUAUUGGUCAUAAGCGGCUUCGAAUAACGGAGAUGGUCAGUGAAGACCCACUUACAGUCAAAAUCGAUCAUCUCAAGGAUAAACCAUAUAAUAAGGACGAUGAUGUUAUAAAGGCCACAUCAUUUGAGGUUAUAUCAACCCUGAGAGAUGUUCUGAAGACGAGUUCCCUAUGGAGAGAUCAGGUUCAAACAUACACUCAGCUCUCAAAUAGCUUGUCUGUAAAAAUUUUUCUAUGUCCAUUUUCAGUGCAUCUAGUGACUAAAUACUGUCUGAGUAUGUUGAUAGAUAACCAUUUGCCACCUGAUAUUGGGCUAGAGCCUUUCAUCACAUAG